AUGCUGGAGCUGAGCACGAGGCAGGGCCGCGGGGCAGGGCGCCCCCUCCUGGGCUGCCUUCAUCUCUCAGGCCUCUCUGCCUGGGGCAUUGGGGUAGGGGAGGAGAAAGUGCCCCAAGACUUGGGGACAAACUUGCCUCUGCUUGGACAACCUUUCUUGACCAGCCCCUCCAACCCCAAAACAGGCCCUAGAGCGAAUGAUUUAGAAGGGUUCUUCAGAGGUUCUGGGGUUCAGAGGUGGCCUCCAUGGCAGCUGCCUUCUGUGGAUUCCUGGCCCUCAGAGGAGCCCUCACAGAUCUCGCCGUGUGGGGGACCACGUGGGGGAAGUGCUGCCGCCCUGCCUCUUGGGGCGGCCCCUUGCCUGUGGGGUCCUGGCUCGCUCUGCAGGCCCUCACCGGAGGCUUCACUCCUGCACCAGGACUCAGAGUCUCGACCGGCAUCCUGUUCCGACAUGCCGGGAGCCCAGGGAGAGUCCUUGCCCACUGCACACCCUGGUCUCAUCAGCAGGAUUCAACAGCCACUUCUGCCAGGUUGCCCCUUGGGCCUGAGUCCCAGUGUGUCCUGGGGAGGGGGAGGUCCUGGAACUGGAGGAACCAGGCCUAUGCCCCACCCUGUGGGAAUCUGGGGUGUCAAUAACCAAUAGCAUACCUGCUGGAGAAACACUAAUCGGUACCCAGGAGGCAGCUGGGGAACUGGUAAUCCGUCCAGGUACCCUCAGGCUGUGUUCAUGGACCCAGGCAUUGAAAAUCAGUUUCCUCCUGGAGUUCUCCAUCCUCCUGGCUCUUCUGGGAACAUCCUAGCUGGCUUCCCCCAUCCUCAGAAUGCUGGGCCACAGUGGGGUAGGAGAAAGACCGGGGGCAGACCUCAGUUGGAAGUCAGAGAAGGGGUCCUGCUCCCUAUCCUUGCAGUGUGA